AUGCUUCAGUGGAGGAGAAGACACUGCUGCUUUGCAAAGAUGAGCUGGAAUGCCAAGAGGUCUCUGUUCCGUACCCAUCUUAUUGGUGUACUUUCUCUAGUGUUUAUUUUUGCUAUGUUUUUGUUUUUCAAUCAUCAUGACUGGCUGCCAGGCAGAGCUGGAUUUAAAGAAAACCCUGUAACAUACACUUUCCGAGGAUUUCGUUCUACAAAAAGUGAGACAAACCACAGCUCCCUCCGGAACAUUUGGAAAGAAACAGUCCCUCAAACUCUGAGGCCUCAAACAGCAACUAACUCCAAUAACACAGACCUGUCGCCACAGGGAGUUACAGGGCUAGAGAAUACACUUAGUGCCAAUGGAAGUAUUUACAAUGAAAAAGGUAUCGGACAUCCGAAUUCAUACCAUUUCAAAUAUAUUAUCAAUGAACCUGAAAAAUGCCAAGAGAAGAGCCCUUUUUUAAUACUGCUAAUAGCUGCAGAACCUGGACAAAUAGAAGCUAGAAGAGCUAUUCGGCAAACUUGGGGCAAUGAAAGUCUAGCACCUGGUAUCCAAAUCACAAGAAUUUUUUUGCUGGGCGUAAGUAUUAAGUUAAAUGGCUACCUUCAACGUGCAAUACUGGAAGAAAGCAGACAAUAUCAUGAUAUAGUCCAACAGGAAUAUUUAGAUACAUACUACAAUUUGACAAUUAAAACACUAAUGGGCAUGAACUGGGUUGCAACGUACUGUCCACAUAUUCCAUAUGUUAUGAAAACUGACAGUGACAUGUUUGUCAACACUGAAUAUUUAAUACAUAAGUUACUGAAGCCAGACCUGCCUCCCAGACAUAACUACUUCACUGGUUACCUAAUGAGAGGAUACGCACCCAAUCGAAACAAAGAGAGCAAGUGGUACAUGCCACCAGACCUCUACCCAAGUGAACGCUACCCUGUCUUCUGUUCUGGGACUGGUUAUGUUUUUUCUGGAGAUCUGGCAGAGAAGAUCUUUAAAGUUUCUUUAAGUAUCCGUCGUCUGCACUUGGAAGAUGUAUAUGUAGGGAUCUGUCUUGCCAAGUUGAGAAUUGAUCCUGUGCCCCCUCCCAACGAGUUUGUGUUCAAUCACUGGCGAGUUUCUUAUUCAAGCUGUAAAUACAGCCACCUAAUUACCUCUCAUCAGUUCCAGCCUAGUGAACUGAUAAAAUACUGGAACCAUUUACAACAAAAUAAGCACAACGCUUGUGCCAACGCAGCAAAAGAAAAGGCAGGCAGGUAUCGCCAUCGUAAAUUACACUAG